AUGGAGAUCCAGAAUGCGUUUCAAAUCCAAUGGGACAGAACACCGUACCAGUCAUUCACCGAGUACUUUUUUGCAAAGAUCUCCGCACAUGGCAGUAAUCCGGCCAUUAUCGACAUUGAAACCGGGAAACAGUGGCGAUACUCUGAGCUGCGCGGAUGGUGUGAUAUGUGCAGUGGGCGACUGAAAGAACUUCAGGAAAGUGUCGGUACCAACAGCCGAGUAGCAGUAAUCACAAGCGUCACUGGCCAGGCUAUUUUCGUUCAUCUCGCAUGUGGAAUAAUUGGGUGUUCUGCUGUAGCAGUGAAUGGAUAUAGCUCAGUGGAUGAAAUUUGGCAAAUUGUAGACUUAAGCGAAUCGACACACUUGAUUGUGGAGCCGCAAUUCAUGCAAAAAGCUGAUGAUGUUCGGCGCAAAGCGGCGAUGCGUGGUGGUGGACGUAUCAAGCACGUUCGUCCGAUAGACGACGUUCUAACUACAGAUUCCAUCAACAGCGAAAACAAUAAAAGGUUUUUUAGUUUCGGUGUCAGUCAUAUUGGUGCAGAAGAGAACAGUGAGAAUCAGACGGAGACUCAUGCUGUAACGAAUCCUUUCGCUGGCCAAAAUCCGCUGUUGAUCUUCUUCACCAGUGGCACAACAGGAAUUCCGAAGGCAGCUGAAUUCAGUCAUCGAUCACUGAUCAUCAACCUUCAACAAAUCGGCCUACCGCUCUAUGGCCCCGUUCAACCGCGGGAACGUUUUCUUCUACCACUUGCGCUUUCUCACGUAUUUGGAGCUAUAUCAGCUUACUAUGCUUUGGUCAAUGGUGCCACUGUUUACAUGAUGGCAAAAGCGACGCCAAAAGCUCUCGUGGACAAUCUAUUAAAUCUGAACAUCAAUGUCUCACACAUCACGCCAGCAAUGGUCAUGUGGCUAGCUAUGGAUAUAACCUUAGAAACACAACAAAUAAACAGCCUUCGUUCGAUAUUAGUGGCUGGUGCCCCAAUCGAUGCAAAUCUGGCCAAUCAUGCCAAACGGAAAAUGCAUUUGAAAGACUUGAGACAGUCUUAUGGAAUGACGGAGCUCGGUGGCUUAUGUACGUUGUCUCCUUAUGAAUCAGACAAGAUCGAAAGUGUUGGGGCGCCGCUCCCAGGAAUGCUUUUCAAGGGAAUCAAUUAUGAAACCAAACAGCUCUGUCCACCAAGGACGCCAGGCCACUUACUGGUAAACGGACCACAAGUAGCUCCAUGCUACUAUAAAAAUGCUAAAGCGACAGCUGAAAUAAUUGACACAAACGGAUAUGUGAAAACAGGUGACGCUGCGUUUUAUGAUGAAACUGGUAACAUUUACGUGUUGGACCGUAUGAAGGACAUAAUCAAGUACAAGGGAACGCUAGUUUGCCCGUCAGAGGUUGAGUUAACCCUAAGAGGUCAUCCAGGGAUUGAUGACUGUGCUGUUGUAGGGAGGCAAGACCAUGUCUCUGGUGAGGUGCCGGCAGCUUUUGUUGUGAAAAAUCCAGCAUUUCCUCUAUUGUCAUCAGCUGAAGUUAGGCAGUAUGUCUCAGGAAAAAUACCGACGUUCAAAGAACUUCGCGGUGGAGUGUUCUUUGUUCCUGAAAUCCCACGAAGUAUAUGUGGAAAGGUACUUCGCAGGCAGCUGAGACAGUUCUGGGACAGAGAAAGGACUAACUCAAAGGACGUUAUUGCGAAAGACGGUAAAUCAGGAAAAACACCGGAGAAAUCCGAUAAACAAGCCCUUAAAAAGGCUAACGGUGCGUCCACUCCGACGAAGAAGCCUCCCAGUCGGCUUCAGAAGAAGUAA